AUGGCUGCGUCAGGUUCCAUCCCCAUCAUCUGCUGUGGCAAACAGGAGCGGAUUGGAACCCUCGUUAUCGAGUGUCUCAAGCCCCAGGUUGAAGCCCGCCCCGCCCACCCGGACAUCAGCAACAUUGGCACGGGCGACUACUCCCAACCGCCGCGAGCCGUCCUCUUUGGCGGCGCCUUCGAGGAGGCGACUGUGCGCGAGCUCCUCGACGCCGUGCGAGCGACCGAGGGCGCUCGCAAGGUCCCCUGGCUGUGCAACGACAGCAGCAAGACGGAAUUCCCCGUAACGGACCCGCGCUACAUUGCGCACGUCAGCCAGAGGGCGAUGGAUGUGCUGCUGAAGCUGAACAAGGAGGGCGCUUUGGAUGGGUCAAACGAUGAUAUCGUCAUGUACUAG